GUGUGCUGCUGACUGAGGCCGCGGCCGGACUCGGGAGAGCAGCAGACAAGUGCCGGCGGUGCAGAAGGAGGAGGAGGAGUCUUGGAAUCAGAGGGGGAAACGAGCAGACACGAAAGAGGGAGGAAAAAAAGAGAAAAAUCCGCAGACAAAACAAAACCGUGAGAAGGACGGCGGACUGAGCGCGUCUGAUAUCACAGAAACCUAAUUAAAAGUACGAGGGAAGAUUGGCAGUGGAGAGAAGGGAGGACACCAAGAUGAUAGCGCCUUAUUUCCUGGAGAGUUUCUGGGGUGAAAAAAACAAUGGAUUUGACGUUCUCUACCAUAACAUGAAGCAUGGCCAGAUCUCCAGCAAGGAGCUCUCAGAUUUUAUUAGAGAAAGGGUCACCAUCGAGGAGACAUACUCCAGAUCGAUGAGCAAACUGGCCAAAUCUGCCAGUAACUUCUCACAGCUGGGGACGUUUGCUCCUAUAUGGGACGUGUUUAAAGUGUCAACAGAAAAGCUGGCUUCCUGUCACAUGGAGCUGGUGCGCAAACUGCAGGAGCUCAUCAAAGAAGUACAGAAGUAUGUGGAUGAACAGGCCAAGGCUCAUAAGAAGACUAAGGAGGAAGUAGCGUCCACGCUGGAAGCAGUGCAGAACAUCCAGAGUGUCUCGCAGGCCCUGCAGAAGAGCAAAGAGAACUACAACAGCAAGACCCUGGAACAGGAGCGCAUGCGCAAAGAGGGAGCCACGCAGAGAGACCUUGACAAGACUGGAGUGAAGGUGAAGAAAGCCACAGAAGUGUACAAGUCCUUCGUGGAGAAGUACGCCACCACCAAGACGGAAUUUGAGCAGAAAAUGGCAGAGACAGCGCAGAAAUUCCAGGACAUUGAGGAAAGCCAUAUCCUGCAUAUGAAGGAGAUUAUCCAGUCUUACUCUUGUUCAGUUGAGGACACGCACAAACAAAUUGAAGAGGUGCACCAAGAGUUUGUGAACAACAUGGAGAAUACGUCUGUGGAAAGUCUAAUACAGAAACUGGCUGAGAGCAAAGGGACUGGAAAAGAGAGGCCAGGGCCCAUUGAAUUUGAGGAAUGUAACGUCUCCACUGUUGCCACAGAAGCAGCCAAGCCUAGAAAGAGGAAGCCCUUCACCAUCCCAGGCCGACGGAAAGACAAGGACACAGACUCCACAGAAUCUACAGAAGUUGAAGCCACUAAUACUGCCAAUGGAGCACCUCCAGAUUUUUAUGGAUCCAUAGAUUUCCAAAACGCUAACGUGCCUCAGGUGGAUGAAGAGGGAUUCUGCAUCCGACCAGAAGUGAAUGAAAACGAUGCCAAAGAAAACUCUUUCUACUCGUCCAGCGAUUCAGAGGAAGAAGACGAGCGCAGGAAGUUUCACGUAGAGAUCAAACCUGUGCAGCCGAACAACGGCACACACCAGCACAAAGCCACCAUCGACGAGCUCAAAGCUUCCAUCGGCAACAUUACCCUCUCUCCUUCUGCCACGGUCCACAUGAGGAGGAACCAGUCCAGGAUGUCAGGACUGCACACACAGUCUCCUUUAGACUCGAGGACAGGUGAUGAGCUGGGAAGGUCCAGAACACCACAGUCUACGUAUAAUGAUAGAUUGGCCAACAGCGACCUGCUUUCAUUGGAUCCUUUUGGCCCCAGUGUUGGUGGCUCCGCCUCCUCUGGAUUUUCUUCAGCUGACCUGGCCUCUCUCUUCUUUUCACCUUUCUCUCCAUCUCCCUCUCUCAUGAAUGAUAAGGUCCCUGAGGACCCAGCAGAGGUGCAUCAGCAGGAGCUUUUGUCUCCGCCCACUGAUCGUCCUGAAUCCAACGCAAAGGCUUUUGACACUUCCUUACCUUCCAAUCCUCCCGUUCCUCCUUCCUCAACCUCCCCUCCACACCCUGCCCUGCCCUCUCCUCCCACCGCCUCCCCCUGGGACGCCCCGGACGAGCCCUCCUCUCCCCCAGCUCCCACAGCUCCACACCAAACUAUCAGUAUCCUACCAAACCUUCCUCCAAGCCUGGAGAACAUCACAUCCCACAAGCCCCCUCUCAGUGCUCCCGCCACUGGCACAGACGCACUGCCCUCCUGGACUCAGAGCCAGUGGGUGGCCUUUAACGACGACUUCCUGCCCCUCCGCGGGCCGUCCCGUUUACCGCCGAGACCUCAGUCCGUCCCCGUACCCCAGCAGGCCAAGCUCCUUUUCAGCCAGGCUACAGACACCUUCUCUAAAAAGGAGAGCGCCCCCUGUUGGACGGAGGACCGCGUCACACCACCAUCAGCUAGCAGCUCACAGGAUGUUCCAGCUCCUAACAGACCCACCACCCCUCUCGGUGCUGCAACCAUAGUGCCACCCCCUCGUCCCUCAUCACGACCCAAACUGGGUGCUGGCAAACUGAGCGGCAUCAACGAGAUUGGGCGGCCGUUUAGUCCUCCCAAGGUGACCAACUCCAGUCCUCCUCCUGCUGCUCCUCUGGCACGAGCUGAGAGCUCCUCGUCUUUGAGCUCCAACACCUCCCUCAGUGCCAGCAACACACCUACUGUCGAGGACGAUGUGUUUGUGGGGAAACUGCCCACCUUUGAGAAGAGGUGUGAAACUCCAGCAGGAACAUCUCGUGGGCCCAGUCCAGUGACCUUAGCUUCCCAGGAUGCAUUGCCUAUAGCUGUGGCCUUCACUGAGUCUGUUAAUGCCUACUUCAAAGGAGCUGAUCCGAGCAAAUGUAUAGUGAAGAUCACCGGAGACAUGACACUGUCCUUCCCCAGCGGCAUCAUCAAGAUCUUCACGUCCAGCCCCUCCCCUGCAGUGCUCAGCUUCAAACUAAAAAACACCAGCAAACUGGAGCAGAUCUUACCAAACCAGCAUCUAUUACACAGCGACUCCUCCCAGAGCGACACCGACACCCGGGACUUCUGGCUGAACAUGCCUGCGCUGACGGCGUACCUCAGGAAAAACUCAGAGCAGAACCCCACGUCCUCCUACUACAACGUGGACGUCCUCAAGUAUCAGGUGUGCUCUAACGGAAUUCAGUCGACGCCGCUGAACCUGGCAGUGUACUGGAAGUGUGGGCCCACCACCACUGACCUGCGUGUGGACUAUCGCUACAACCCGGAGGCCAUGCAGCCGCAUGGACCACUCUCCAGCGUGCAGGUCUUAGUGCCGGUCAACGGCGGCGUCACCAACAUGCAGUCAAUCCCUAACGCCAUCUGGAAUGCAGACCAGAACAAGUCAUUAUGGAAGCUGAAUGACAUCUCUGAGAAGUCUGAAAAUGAAGGCUCCGGCUCUCUGAGGGCGAAGUUUGAAUUAUCAGAUGGUCCCUCGAUCCCAGCCACACUAGCUGUCCAGUUCUUUAAUGAGGGCAGCACUCUCUCCGGGGCGGACAUGGAACUGGUCGGCUCUGGUUAUCGACUCUCACUCAAUAAGAAAAGAUUUGCCAGUGGGCGCUACAUGGCAGACUGCUGAGAUGGUAAACCACAGAUUGCUCUGCUCUAAGUGUUGGAAAUUUGAAGGUUUUAUUAUUUUCUUUAUUUUAUUCCAUCUUUCUCCGUUGGCGAUGGAGGUUAAUGGGGAGCGAAAAAAAGGGCUACCAGCUCCAUGGCUCAUCAUACGCCUUCAGUUCUCAACAUUCUCAACUAUCCUUCCACCAGUUAAAUGCACCUUUUUGGGGAAGCUUUUUUUUUUUUUUCUUUUUUUUUUUUUCAACAACAGUUUCGUAGCACUGAGUAUCAAACACUGUCUAAAAAGAUUUAUAAUAAACCUCCCCCCCCAAAAAACUGAAGAAAAAAACAACAAAAAAAAAACAAAGAUGGAAUGUCUGGGUAUUGAUGAAUGAAACGAAUGAAAAGUAAUUGUUAAUCUUGGAUACUUUUGUUUUUGAUCUAAUGAGACUUUUAUAAAGUCAGCGCGGUAGCGGUUUUGUUUUGAUAUGUAUAGUUAAUUUGUAAUAUGAAUUAUAAAUAUAUAAAUAUAUAACACAGCAUAUCUAAAAGAAAAAAAAAUGAUCUAUAUAUCUGCACUAACAAUCUUCCUGGCCAUUUGUAUAGAUUUUAGUCUGUUCCUUGUAUAUUUAGCCUUAAAAGUCAGUCACAAUGACUAUGAAGAAAAUAAAUGAAAAGUGCUGUGGGAAAAAAGGAUGGACUGAACUGAAAUGCCUCAGCAAUACUUUUUUAGGCAGUGUGAUCGCCUGCGUUUUGUCCAAAAGAGCCUUUUCUACAAAUAUCCCCUGUAAUUCUAAAAAAGGGGCCUGUUUUUCUAAAGUUGUUAGUUUUUUUAUGUUAACCGUUUCUGAGUUUCAGCUCAGAUCAACUGAUUAACUUUAGAAAAGCUGAGCCUUAAGCAUUGUGCGUAGCUUAUGCGUCUGAGAGCUGGAAAUGUGUCUUUUACAGUAGCUUGUUUGUGUUUUUUUUUUUUUUCUCCUCUUUUUCGUCGUAAAUGUGCAAUGAAGGUAUACGCUGUCAGACGCUGAUUAUGGAACUGGUUUGUGUUUUAGUUUUAGUGUCAUUUUGCCAUUCCAGUCGCUGUCCAGAAUCCGGAUCAGUUUUGUGACUUUAUUUAAUGGGGUGGGGAAGAAAAAACACAAAAACUGAACUCAGUGCCUCUUUUUCUAGAACCAAACUUGAAGAUAUACCUUUUUUCCCCCUAUAAACUGUUGCAUGUUUAUGCACCACAAAGAAGCACAUUUUGUCCCAUUUUGUUUAUUUGGUUUUUGUUUCUAAUUUUUAAGUGCCAGUCCAGUUUUAUACUCUUUUUACUAGGAUGUCGAAGGGAAAAAAUUACUGCCUCGGAAAUGCCGAAUUUAACUGUAGGCCUUCUGUUAAACCAAUCGUCACUUACUGCCUGUGUGUAGUCCUUUUAAUAGGAUGGUGCUACACUACCUGUGUAAUUUCAGUAGCUUAAAACACACUGUGCCACUGUUGCCAUUCUAAUGUUGUCAAUGCUGUCAAUGCUGGCAGGUCCAUCUUAAAGCCUUAAGAUUUGUCCUUUUGGAGGGAUGACAUGAAAGAUGUGCAACAAAGUACCUCUCGAUAUCUCUGUUGAACGAUUUUUAAAAUUUUCCAAUACUGGUUUCAUUUACAAUUUUGAAAAAUAUAAAAAUAAAAAGAUAUACUCUGGUAACACUUCCUUUUAAAUCCUAUAUUCAUAAUGCAUUAUGAGUGCAUUUAUAUAAUUGAUUAAGUGGCAUACAUAAUACAUUAUAACUCAUAAAUAUAAGCAUAAAUAUAACCAUUAGCUUGUGUAGCUUGUAUAAUUAAUAAGGCUGUCAGAAUGAAUGCGUUAACGCAUAUAGUUAAUCAGAAAACUUUAAUGCAUUAAUUAAUCACAUGACAAAAUUGACAGAGCCUGGUGAUGCAGUCACAGUUUUAUUUAGCAAUAUAACACAGCAACGCUUGCUAUUGCGUUCAGAAGGUAGAUUACCUUUUAUGUAGUCUCUUUCUUUGUCUCUCUCUUUCUUUCUCUCUCUUUUUCUCAAUUGCUUGGUCAUUACUACCAAGCACACACUACCACACACGCCCCCACAGCUGAUGGCACGUUUUCUCUGUCUUCAGCUGUUAGGUGUGGAAUAUGGAGCUAGACUAGUUUUUAUUUUCUUCAAUAAAACUCUAUUAAACCCAGUAACUCAACACAUUUCAAUAUUCUACUUUAAAAUGCAUCAAAACUACCCAGAGGUAAUAUAGUACAGUAAAAAAGCUGUAUUAUCUGUGAUUAAUCACAGAAAUUUUAUUAUGACACCACUAAUCAUUAAUUAUAAUACAUGCAUAGUGCAAGUACAUACAGGUACAGUAUAUAUAGGUACAGGUACUGUAUGUGACUUUUUAUAAGGAGAGAUAUAAGUCAUAACGACUGUAUAUAAUAUCUGUUCAAGAAUGAAGAAUAUGGAACUACUUUAGAUCCUUUUAUAAGAGUUAUGUGUAGUUUGGCCUACUAUAGACAACUAUAGACAAGUUAUGAAGGCCAUUAUUUGUCAUUAUAUGUAUGCUACAGUAUAUAAUGCAGAAUACAUGCAUUUAGAAUUCCUUAUGAAUGAAGGAUUCAUGAAAAGUGUUACCAGUACUCUCUCCAGCGCUGCCAAACUGCCAAACUGUCAAAUCUUUGGAGGGAUACAGUAAAGAUCUUUUUAGCAGUUUUGUAAAGAACUGAAACACGUUGCUAAAUGAGAGAUGUGAAGCGUAAUGUAAAAUAAAAUGCUUUUUAAUGUUAAUAAUUAUAUGUAAUAAAUGAAGAAUCUAAAGAUUCCUGCAACUUAACGUCCAAGCCACGAACCCUUAGAGGAAUCUCUAUUGAUUAGAGAGAAAUUCUCUCGAUAUUAUAUAAAAAAAAAUAGAGUGAUCUGAUCUGAUUACCCUUAAUCCAGCUGAAUCUCUGGAUAAACUGUGAAUCAUUCCACUUAGAUAACUAGUGAGUAGCUUUUGAUCAUAUUUGCCAAAUAUUAACACGUAAAUAACUAAAAGAGGAAACUAAAGAGAAACUGAACAUAUCUUUUAUUGUGCACCAGCUUGCAUAAAUCCUUUGGGAACUGUUAGCCAAAUUUGUUUGUGUUUUUCUGUUCUUUAAUUUAUUCUUUUUUGUAAAUAUAUAGCACCACAACAAUUUGUCGAGGUAAAAUCAGCUUCAAGGCAGCCACCCAAUGCCUUUAUAUUUCCAGGCUGUUGCACUGUGACUCUGUGGGGGGGAAGAUAAACAGCUGUAAAGUGCUUUAUUAAGGAGGUCAGUAGAUGUUGGUUUGAUUGUAAAAACUGACUCUGACUGAUUAUAUUUCCUAUACGAAGGCCCUGUGCCUUAUAUCCUAGAGGGCCAAUUCUCUAAGGGCUACCCUACAACCAAUGAACGAACGGGGAGACACCACAGAUACCUUAAAUAAUUCACAGGCAUGUGUUUAAUAUCUGCUAUUUAAAAAAAAAAGUGAAUCUGGGAUCUUCUUUCCUAGGAAUGAUGUGUUUUGUCAUUUACACAUUUUCCAUUUUUCAUGUCGUCAUUGUUUGUGAAGUAACUAGGAACACCUUAAUGAAUUCUGAAUCUUUACUAUUUUAUCUGGAGAUUUUUACAGAUGUACUGUAUGUGAUUUUACUGAAUUGGCGUUCAGUGUUUUCCGUUGAUGAAAUGGCCUUGGGUGUUCAGUGUAGAGGCAGAUAUUAACCGGUGGACGUUAGGGUCAAAGUGUCAGUAGCAUUAACAAACUCUCCAACACUCUCUCAACUUUCUCUAUCCAGAAAAGAACAAGAAGAAAAAAACAACAUUACAUACAUGUGUGUGUGUAAUUUGUGUGUCUUAGCGAGCUGGUUCUUGCUGCCUCUACCACCAUCAGAUCAAUGUUUAAAGGCAUUUUAAGGGGCUUCUCAAAUCUUCUUUCUUGCUUUUCUUGUAAUUUUUGUUUCCUAUUUCUUUUUAUGUUCGUGUCCAAUGGUAUUUUAAAGGAAGAUCUAUGUUGUUUGUUUCUUUUUUCUUCACAAAAUGUACAUUUUUACAAAUUUACCACUUCGUCUUCACGAUUUAAUGAUUUCAUUGUGUCUGUAAUAAAUGUGUAAUAUAUAAAUCUAUACAAAUAUAAGAAUUACUACAUGA